AUGGAGUACGGCGAGCGGCUGGCGCGGUUUCGGCAGGCCCACGUGAACCCCUUCGACAAGGCGCCCGAGCAGCACGAGGGCCCCGAGGCGCCGCCCGCCCCAGGUGGGUGCCGGGACGGGGGGGACACACAUGGGGCCCCUCCAUCCCGUCCCCUGAGCCGUGUCCCCCSUGCAGAGCGGCAGCCGGAGCCGUCCCCGGAGGACACCGAGGGCUCGGAGCGCCCCAUGGAUCUGGGGCUGGCCGAGGACCACUUCUCGCGGCCGGUGGGGCUGCUGGUGGCGUCGGACGUGCGGCAGCUGCGGCAGGCCAUCGAGGAGUGCAAGCGCCUCAUCCCCGAGCUGCCCGAGCACUCGGAGCGCCAGAAGGACGCCGUGGUGCGGCUCAUCCACCUGCGCCUCAAGCUGCAGGAGCUGCAGGACCCCUCUGAGGACGAGCCCAACCUGCGCGUGGUCCUGGAGCACCGCUUCUACAAGGAGAAGAGCAAGAGCGUGAAGCAGACGUGCGACAAGUGCAGCGCCAUCAUCUGGGGCCUCAUCCAGACCUGGUACACCUGCACAGGCUGCUACUACCGGUGCCACAGCAAGUGCCUGCCGCUGGUCACCAAGGCGUGCGUGAGGUCCAAGGUGAGCCACCAAGCCGAGUACGAGCUCAACAUCUGCCCCGAGAGCGGGCUCGACAGCCAGGACUACCGCUGCGCCGAGUGCCGGGCGCCCAUCUCGCUGCGAGGGGUGCCCAGCGAGGCCCGGCAGUGCGACUACACCGGCCUCUACUACUGCAGCAGCUGCCACUGGAACGACCUGGCCGUCAUCCCGGCCCGCGCCAUCCACAACUGGGACUUCGAGCCCCGCAAGGUGUCCCGCUGCAGCAUGCGCUACCUGGCGCUGAUGGUGUCGCGGCCGGUGCUGAAGCUGCGGGAGAUCAACCCGCUGCUCUUCAACUACGUGGAGGAGCUCGUGGAGAUCCGGAAGCUGCGCCAGGACAUCCUGCUCAUGAAGCCCUACUUCAUCACGUGCAAGGAGGCGAUGGCGGCGCGGCUGCUGCUGCAGCUGCAGGAGCGGCAGCACUUCGUGGAGAACGACGAGAUGUACUCGCUGCAGGACCUCAUCGACGUGGAGGCCGGCCGCCUGGGCUGCUCGCUCACCGACAUCCACACGCUCUUCGCCAAGCACAUCAAGCUGGACUGCGAGCGCUGCCAGGCCAAGGGCUUCGUGUGCGAGCUCUGCAAGGAGGGCGACGUGCUCUUCCCCUUCGACAGCCACAGCUCCGUGUGCGCCGACUGCUCCGCCGUCUUCCACAGGGACUGCUACUACGACAACUCCACGACGUGCCCGCGCUGCGCCCGCCUCAGCCUGCGCAAGCAGUCGCUCUUCCAGGACCCCGGCGCCGAGCCCUAGG